AUGGCAUCCUGGGCUUAUCGUGCUGCCCGAUCCAGCGUGGGCGAUGCCGCGGGACGACCAACCAAGCCGCGAGGGAGGCGCCUGUCUGCUGAGAAAGCGGAACCAUACGGCAGUAGUGACAGCGCCGGGCUGAUGGGCCACAUGUAUGCCACAACUUACACACCUAGCGGAAGACCACAAGAGCCAAGCUUUGUGACUUCCCCGGGACCAGCGGCUGCCGCCCCGGGAAGGCAGGACGGGGAUGGCGCGGCGGAUAUCACUGUUUCACCUUAUGGCCUGCCGCAGACGGUUGCGUAUGCCAUCGGUCGCCUUCAGUCGCUACUCUCUCAACUCAAUGCACAGGAGUUCGUUGACGUACAAACAAUGGUGAGAUGGCCUGUCCGUGCUCGCCUGCUAGCAGAACGCAUGCAGCACUUGUCCCAGGUACUGCAGCAGAUGAGCGUGAUACGCCAGCCUAGGAAGGAACAGAAUGUCAGAAGACAGCUUCGCGAGUGCCGUGAUCAGAUCGAGUUGCUGUAUUGGAAGGCGCAACGGCACAGCAUGCUGGUGGCACGCCGACGCAAGCUUAAGGAUCAAGUCGCCUCGGCUCUAGUUUAUCUUCAAGGGAUGGAUUCGCUCGGCAUAGAAACGGAACAGUUGCUGACCGCCGGAGGCAUGGCACCGCUGUUUACUGUCUCAGACCUCGAAGCAGCAGCCAUCACCGAGGAGAACGUUUUGUCGAAGAUCCGCUGCGCACGGCACGAGGCGGCAGCAGGCUUUCUUGACCCGAGGCAUAACUCCGUAGCUGGCAGGUAUCUUCUAACCACGUCACAGUGGCAGGAAUUGUCGCUCGUGCCACCAUCACUGGUGGAACAAAGUGAGGGCGCGGACGGUUCGCUGCGAGAAGAUAGAAAGCUAUCAGCGCGGCUACCUGAGCUUCUUGCGUGGCUGAGAAAGGGAGCGAACGCUUUCCAGCGACGCCAUGAAGAGCAGCGAACUGCUGGGCAUCACUUCAGCGAGGAAGCGGUGCGAAAGAUUGAGGACCAUUGGUUGCGUCAGCGUCACAGAUUGGAGGCAGCGGGGCUGGGACCAGUGUUUGGAACCAACUGUUGGGAGGGCCCUGUUUCCUCCGCCGCUGUCCUCAAGGAAGGUGUUGAAAUGGCGUUGGGGCCCCAUCUAUCAUCAAGCCUUGUUGGGUCUGCAUUGAUGACGAAGAAUAGCGCAGCGCUGCAGGUUGCUCUUGAAGUCCUUCUAGGACUUCAGAAAGACACACAAGCUGGCAGCGGAGGAGAUGGCGGAGCAGGGACGGGUGGGGGCCUUCCUGCGGGGAGAUCCGCGGGGCACUCAACUGAUGGAAGACCCUUCGGCGCUGAGACUCUUCCUGUUUCGCUGCCGGGAAUAACUCCCACUCCGACGCUCGAUGAAGGCAUAAAGAAGGUGGGACUACGAUUAGAGAGAGGAACAUGGCAACCAGAUGGACAAAAACACAAAACAAAGCACACCCGCCGAGGUGACUCCAUCCCUAGUGAACAACCCAACACUGUAGAGGUGGGUCAUGAAGCACCUCUCGCUUUACCUUCAUUGCAUGCACCCAUGCUUUCGGGUAGCCCUGGCCAACCUCACUUACCUCAAUUCUCACAGCGUGGUAUAGGACCUCUACUGUACCCGCAGUCUCCAGUUGUGCCUACCGGCCCCCUGCACGACGCCGCACGGGCGUGGAGCGCCCUUAGACAUCUCGGGAAUCUGUACAGCGAGGGGCAGCCGGCAUGGCCUUCACGACCUGCUCAACCAGUGAGCCAGUUUCGUCCAUUCCCUCAUCCUUCCCCACAACCGGUUGAGGCGCCGUCCAUCCUCACGUUGCCGCCACAUUCGCAUCUCCCGAUAGCAGGUUUCCAGACUAAACCCACCAGGGACGGCAGACUGCUCGACCAGCUGUUGGGCGACGGCACGCCUCCCGACCUCCUACAAUAA